UCGGAAUAAAAAGUUACAUGCGUAAUGAGCCAGAAACACCUCCCCGACUUACCUUUUUAGCUACGUCUAAUCCCGUAAUGACACGUGUCCAUAUACCGUCGCUUACUUUAAUUUUAUUUUCUGAAACAAUGAAUACAAGACUUUCAUAAGAUAAUGACGAAACUAACCUUCAUGUAUAGGCCCAAGAGCCCGUCCAUAAAUAUGAACCUCCUACAAUGCAAUUCUUCCCUUUUCCCCUUCUACUCUCUCUUACGUCUACGUUUUGAGAUAAUUAAAUUCUCUUUCGGUUUAUAUUUUGAGAAGCAUUACUAUGUCUACAUUUUCUCCGGUUUUUUCAUCUGAGCCGGUUUUUGCCAAUCAUGUACCGGCUUUGGAAACUGGAUUCACCCCAUGGGACGCAUCCGAUCUAUUCUCCAUCUUCAAUUCACCGGUUAGUCCCAUGGAAAUGAAUCCCGGUUUGGAAAAAACAAACCCAAGUCAAAUUCAAAACCAAAGUUAUUCCAAUCCCGGUUUGAAAGAUAAACCCUUGGACUGUACCGGCUCGAACGAUGUCGAUGAGCGGCGAAAGAAACGUAAAUUAUCAAACCGGAAAUCAGCUCAGCGGUCGAGGAUCAAGAAACAAAAACACCUAGAAGACGUGAGAAUCGAACUUAACAAGCUCAAGAUCGAGAACCGGGAACUAGAGAACCGGCUCCGACACGUUUUGUAUCAUUGUCAACGUGAACAGAUGGAAAAUGAUAGUUUACGGUUGGAGCACCGUGUUCUCCACGAGAAACUGUUGAACUUACGACAAGCUUUGGUCAUGCGCCAAAUCCAACAGAGCUCAACGUGUGCUACGUGGUCAUGUAUUAAUAGUACCGUUGUAACGGUCCUACAGAAUCCAUCGAUAAUAUAAGAAAUCACGUAAUUUGAGAUUUAAAAACAUAAUAUGCAUCGUUUUAGACCAAGACGUAUCAUGAGAUACU